AUGUCGGAGUCCUCCGCAACCCUGAUGCCGAGAAAGCCAGCAGGGCCGCGACCGGGGCCACCGGCACCGCGACGAUUUGGUUCGACGGCGAAGCCGUCAACUGCAACCCAUGGGUACUCUUCAUCAGCAGUGCCGCCAGAGAAGAAGCCGCGCCAAGUCACUUUCUCAAACUGUGAGUGCGAGGUCCAAGAAUACGUGCCCGAACCAUUUGAAGAGCCGCUUGAGGAGGAGCCCGAGGAGUCAGGCGGUUUGGCUGCUCUCGUGCAGCGCCGCAGGCGACUUCUGGAAGCAGCAAGCAAACAGCCUGACCAGGACGAUGCGGCAGUGUAUUAUCUCGCCAAAGACAAGCGCAGCACCAUUCGCUUUGAUAGCUUGCCUCAGACCGACUGUCUGGGCAGCGCUGUGGAGGCGGAGUUGGGGUGCUUUCCCUGA